AUGGUCAAACUCAAUAAUUUUGUCCUUCUCAGUUUGGUGUCCACCAUGGUGAACGGUCUAUACCUUCCCUCGAUGUUUCCUCGCCUGGAGAUGAGGAAAGUGAUAAAAAGAGAAAACUUCGAUAAUGAGGGGAUAGCUCGAGAUAGUUUAUAUUCGAACUCGAGUCUAACCGAGGUUGAGAGCUCGUCAUCAUCAGCAUCAUCCAUAUCGUCAACAUCAUCGCCCUCCGAGAGCUUGGAGGAUUUAUUGAAUCCUUCAAAUUGGCUGUAUUCACCGACCUCAGAUUCUCCAAGCUCUUCUAGUGAGUUUCUAGAAACAAAGCUGGCUUCAUCAUCUUCCGCUACUUCGCAAUCUACUCCGUCAUCCUCCUUUGAGACUCAAGCUGAAUAUACUCAAAGUUCCAGCUCGCAGGAGACUACGUCUCAUUCCACGCUUUCUUCCACUUCCAGCUCAGAGAUUUCAACAAGCAACUCUGAAAGCACCGAGAGCGUGACUACCCUUGGAACUUCAUCAUCCGAAAUUUCAAGUAUAGGCUCUUCGGAAUCUCACUCAAGUUCGUCGUCAACGUCUUCAGCGUCAUCGAGCGUGAGCUACACUGGUGCUACACAAGCGAAGGCUACAUUUUAUGCAUCAACAUCACAACAGCAAUCCGAGUCGUCAGCUUCAGCUUCCUCAUCGGUUUCUUCAACCAGCUCUCCCAGACUCUCUUCAAGCGAAACAGCAGACAGCUCAUCAAGCGAAGCUAGUAGCUUAGAGGGUACGAGCUUGAGCUCGACUACCAUAGCGCUAUCGGGCGUCAUAGCAGAGUCAACUAGCUCCACCUCUUUAUCGGAAUCUUCAGAUUCUGAUAUAAGCUCUUCGUUCAGCUCCUCAUCAAACUUUGCUACAGGGUCGUCAAGUCCAUCUAGCAGCUCUGAUUUGGCCGUCAAAGUCGUUGGCAGUACAGAUUCGGCAACCUUUUCAAGUGAGGCUUCCUCGUCGUCAUCCGCUGGCGGCACGGAGUCGACAAUAUCGGAGACAGAUUCGCCUCUGCCUUCUUCAACGAGUGUCGAGUCCUCAUAUUCAGAAACACAAGCCUCACCACCAUCAGAGACUACCGGAGUAGCAACAUCACAAGAUGAUUCUGAGACUUUCUCUUCAGAUGAUUUGGGAUCUUCAUCGUCUUUAGAGCCCGACUCUAAAUCCUCCUCUGAGAUUACGAUAGCCUAUGAGACCUCUUCAGCUUCUGCGUCACCGUCAUCCGAAUCGCUGGGAGGAGAAUUGUUGACCGAGUCACCGGAGCCUUCCUCCUCGACUAUCGAAUCCAUUGGGCCGGGAACCGUGUCACAAUCACUUGAGUCCUCAUCUUCCAAUGAAUUUGAAACAGAUUCCCCAUUACCAUCUGGAACAUCUCUCAGUUCUGCGAUUUUGGAUUCUACAUCAACGACAUCACGCGUCUAUGGAAGUUACUCAGGAUUUGCAAAAAUCACCACUACUCAGAGCUCGAGCCCUCUAAGUGUGAUAAGUGCCACACCAUCACCAGGGAAUGUGUCUGCAGGAUCAUCUUUCUGGACCUUAUCACCCACAAGUGCCGAGACUAUCGCAGCUGAAUCUACGGACCUGAGCAAUAACUUAUCUACCGGUAUGGCAUCAAGCUCUUUUACAGGAAAUGCUGCCACGACCACCUCUUUUCUAGAUACAAGCACAAAUGAGAGCUCAUCAGUCACCGAGCCAGAAUCAUCAUACUUGGAGCCAUCCAGUACAGAGAAUACAUUUUUGGGAACUUCAUCGUCAACUCUUGACAUUCCGGGAGCCAGUCUAAUAAAUUCUGCCUCACAGAUUUUUUCUGAAUCCUCUACCAGUUCACCUGUGAACGCUGCCACGACAUUGUCAAGUGUCACUCCAACUGGGGAUACUCUAUAUUCAUCUUUUACUCCAUCAGGUUCUAUAGUUGCUGCCUCUUCGACUUGGAGUUUAUCAAGUACUUUGAGUUCACUCGGUUCAACUGGCAACGCGGCAACUACAAUUGAAGGAUCAUCAUCUACCAGCUCGCCAGCCUUUAUCGGUGUCAGUUCUUCGGUUACGAACCAAGAAUCAUCUAGCACAACUGCUCAACAAGGUCUCACUUCUUCGCUGACUGAUAGUGGAUCCGUUGCUGAUCGCUCUUCCGUAAUGACGUCAUCGCUAUCUUCGACGCAAUCGGCCUUCCAACCUGUCUCCGCCAUUACGACUGACAGUCAAGCAUCCCUGGUCUCACAGACGUCAAGUGAAACUCAACCACUCUCAUCAUCUGACUCUACAGCUGACCAAGGGACUGGAUCAGUUGGGCCUACAACGGCCUAUAGCACUCAAUCGACGUAUGAAUUUGGUUCUGCCAGCUCCACAGAAGUGCCUGCAAAUACGUCUGAGUCCAAUACCUCAUUUUCAGUGAGCUUGUCUGGAACAACUCCUGAAAGUACUGAACACUCAUUUACCGAAUAUUCGGGUAGCAGCCCUGGUCUGGGUACCACGGGUCCUGCAACCUACCAACCGCAACAACCUGAAAGUACUGUUUUUGCGAUUUCCUCCUCUGUGCCUACAACUACAGCACCAAAUUGGCUUCCAACUAGUAUUGUGUACCAAAAUCCGUCGACUGCAUCUGGAACGUCACAAUCUAGCACCUCAUCCAUUGCAGAGUCGGCCUUACCAAAAGCCAUCUCCCCAGUUGAGACUGCAGCAGUGUCACCGGAUUAUAAGUUGAUCACCGUGGGAUUCAAGCAAGAGCUAAAUUACCCAUUUGUUUGUGAAAACUCCUACUCUUCCAAUCAAAUCUUCGAGUACCUGCCGAAGGUGCUCACAUACCCAAAUCCGGAAGUGAACGAGUCUGCUGUUUUUGUCAAACAAUUGGUUCCUUACUCUUCUGCGAACGUUGACUACAUUAUCACUGUUGCAGAAGUUUACUUUGACCAAGAUUACAUUACUGACUUACAAAACGAGAUUAGUAAUACUUCGUCAACGCUCUACACGAAUCCAGAUGCAAUUCAGAAUUCUCUUGCCAGCUACAUUGACAGCCGAGUUCCUAUAAAUGGUCUGUUGGAUGCAACUUCAAUGGGAUCUGCAACUAUUGGAGGAGAUUCUUCGGGUACACAAAGUGGGGAAGAUAGCGAUGGAGCUGAUUCUCAGUCUUUAGGAUCUAUGGAUUCUUCCACCAUAAAUUCUUCUGGAUCAACAAAGGUACAAGGUGGCAGAAUAGCUGGUAUUGUUGCCGGAUCUGCUGCAGGUGCUACAGCUUAUGCGGCAGUCAUGGUAUUCAUUUACAAAAGAAGAAAGAAGAAGCUUCAAGAACAAUACGAAACCGAGAAACAUGCGGAUGUUGACGGUCCUGGUGAAUUCCACUCGUUAAUGUUAUCCAGUGGCUCUCCAGCGGAUGCUGACCAAUACCAUUCUGAUUAUUCAGGCGAAGGUGCCGUUCGCCUCACGAACUCUUCUUCGGGCGCAUCUUUCACACGAAUGUUUACAAGAAAUUCCAACUCCAAUGUGGAGCUGGGAUCAACCAGAUACAUGCCUUCCAUAUCCAACCCCACGAAUGUGAAGAACUCUUUGGGUUGGUGA